GAAUUUUUUUUUUGUUAAUUAAUAAAUUUUAAUUUAUUAGUCAUUUGAAAUAAAAAUGAGUGUUACAUUGAAAAAACGACGAGAUAUUAGUCUUGGUAGUUAUCGAGAUACAAAAUUUCAAGGAAGCCGACAAGAACAGGAAGAAAAACUCCGUAAAUCAACUACACUUUAUAUCGGAAACUUGUCAUUUUAUACUACGGAAGAACAAAUUUAUGAACUAUUCGGUCGAUGUGGUGAUAUUUGUCGUGUUAUAAUCGGUUUGGAUAAAUUCAAGAAAACACCAUGUGGAUUUUGUUUUGUUGAAUUUCAUGAACGUGAAGAUGCUCUCCGUGCUAUGCAAUGGAUCAACGGUACUAGACUCGAUAAUCGUAUCAUUCGCUGUGAUUGGGAUGCCGGUUUUAUCGAAGGACGACAAUAUGGCCGUGGAAAAAGUGGUGGACAAAUUCGUGAUGAAUAUAGAGAAAAUUUUGAUCCUGAUCGUGGUGGAUAUGGAAAAAUUAUAAAUAAAAUCCUUCCAGUCGUUGCACAAACAGGACCACAACAACCAUCUUCGACUACCAAAGAUUAAAUUGAACAUUGUUUCCACAUUGAUUAAUCAUUUGUAUUUCUAUUCAUUUUUUUCAUCUAAAAAAUAAAUAAAUUUCGUCAUCAUUUAUAAAAUUA